AUUUAAAAAUCUCUUCGAGUUCACCUCGCUUGAACUAAAGAGCAAAUAAACAAAACUGAAACAGUGUAAUAUAUUAAUUCACGUCUGCAUUCAAUAUACUCGCACACAAGUAUAUUAUUUCAGUCGUAAGAUUUAUAAAAACGAGACAAAGUCAAAUGGUUAUAAGUGUAACACUGUAAAAUUUAUAAAAACAUGUUCUUGUGUUAAGGAAAUAACAAGGAAUUUAAGGAUUUUCAGCAGUUGAUAUAUGAAUCUGAAUUUUCUUUAAAUAUUGUUAUUGAGAAUAUGAUUUUCCAAUUGAGUAUUUUCGUGUUGACAGCGUUGACAUCAAGCACGCUAGCCCAGUAUAACUAUGAACCACCAUUAAAACGCGGAGGUUACAAUUAUUCACCACCAGAAGAGCCUUUCAACGAAACACCACCGUCCAAGUCUUUUUCAGAUUUACGAGUAUCUACCUCUGCACCAAAACUUGUGGAUAAAACUUCAGCUCCGCAUCUGGGAUAUACAUAUAUAAAACCAGAUGUGUUAUUCACUCCACCCACUCCAAUCAAGAACAGUAUUACUGCAAAGCCUCCAUCAAACUUUAGUGGAUUACCUACACGUGUUCCAAAUUUGAAAGGAUAUGAAUACGCACGUCCGGCUGUCUCAUUUACCUACCCGUCAAUUAAUUUGAAAAGCAAUUCAACUCCGGUUUCCUCGCAAAUACCAAAAAUAACUUUAAUACCAGCCUUGAAACCAAAAGAAGCAGUAUUACCACCUCCCUUUCAUCUAAAAUCUUCGGGAUACACGUACCCACAUCCUGUUAUUCCAUUUACAAUUCCGAAAGAUGGAGAAUCACAUCCCUCGACAGUACCUACCGCCCAUCCAACAACAGAUUACUCUUACAAUACUUCUACCCCUUCGAUAGAUGUUACCUCGGAUCCAAGCAUAUCACCAAUAAUUUCAACAAAUACAACCUAUUCUCCAAAAAUAAAAGGAUACACCUAUACGCGACCUUUUGUUUCAUUUACAAUUCCAGCAAGAAUUAGAAAUGAUAAACCAACACAACUGCCGAAACUUAAGGGAUAUUUCUAUCCUAAGCCCAAAGAGCCUUUAACACUACCAAACAUAUUUCCGAAGUCAAAAGACAAUCUUGAGACCAAGCAAGGAAUUAUCCUUAAAAAUGAAACCAAAGCGUAUACUGAGAUAUCUACUGAUCGUUCGACUAGUAUAAUGUCACAAACAUCAUCGAAGGGUUACUUCUAUUCACCGCCGGAAGUGCCGUUUACUUUACCACCCAAAAAUUCGAUUACUCGACCAUCUGAAGUGCAAAUAACGCAUUCAACGAACUCUUCUUCUACAUUAACUCCUAAAACAUCGCCCCUUAAACGAGCUAAUGGAUAUGUUUACUCACGACCUGAUACUCCUUUCAAGACUCCAACAAGGUUACCAAUCAGCAAAGCGUAUACUGAUCGUUCGACUAAUAUAAUAUCAGAAACAUCAUCGAAAGGUUACUUAUAUUCACCGCCGGAAGUGCCGUUUAUAUUACCACCCAAAAGUUCGGUUACUCAAACAUCUGAAGGGCAAACGAACUCCUCUUCCAAAUUGAUUAGUUAUCCAGAAACAUCGCCCCUUAAACGAGCUAAUGGAUAUGUUUACUCACGACCUGAUACUCCUUUCAAGACUCCAACAAUGUCACCAAUCAAAAUUUCCUCUUCACUCCCAAAAUCGAAUGGAUACUUAUAUAUACCGCCUGAUAUUACUUUUAAUAUUCCUUCAAGUACCCCAACUACUAAUCGUUCACCAACAAAGAUUUUAGGAUAUUCGUACAAACCGCCCAAAGUUCCUUUCACAACACAAAAAAAAACAUUAAAAACUGAUACGCCACCAUCUUCCAUAUUAUUAAAAUCACAGAAACAAACUAAACCUGUCGUUAAUUCAAAUUAUUUGGAACCUCCUCAGAUGGGUUACAUAUACCCUAAACCAGCCAUACCCUUUGGAUUCUGAACGCCUUCGUCGCUAUGGGUUUAUGUAUGAAUAUAUGAAUGUACAGAAAAUAUACAAAUAAAGAAGCUUAUAACAGCUAAUGAAAGUUUUCGUUAUAUUUUAAUUCUAUUGCGAAAUAUAUGUUAUCCAACACAUUACACAAAGAGGACUUUCCCCGUAUGUGAUUAAAAACUAAUAUACAAUGUUCAGCAUAUAUAUACAUAAUACUAUCAUCAUUACUUGUAUACUUCAGAAGAACUAUGUCCAUUCUUUAAUAUUUAAAAUCUACCUUUAGUGGGUCACUGGUGACAUUUAUAGAGUUGCUUGUGAAAUGAACUUUUAGUAGUUCUGACGAAUAUCCGUAUAAAAUCAUACUUAAGGCGUGAUAAUCGUCUGGCUAUUCCUAUUUUUACUAAUUUGUUUUAUUAAUUUUCUAGACAAUUUCUGAAAAUAUAUUGUUAUUCAAAUUUAAAAAAGUUGUAUAUAUUUAGGCAUUUCUUUAUGCAUACUUGCUGUACAUGCAUACAUCCAAAUUAAUAAUAAUUAAAAUAAGUAAACAUAUAUGAUGGUGGCAUACAUUUAGGCUUUUAAUAUACCUAAGCAUGCUUCGUGUAUACGUUUGAGUUCAUUUACUAUAUAUUUGUUAAAUAUAUUUUAAACUUUAAUAACGAAACUCUAUGCAUUUAACGGAAAACUCGAAUUACGUAGAAACUAUUAUUGUCUGUUUGAUUAACAAUAAACGUAUUUUAUAAGCUAUGAGCUUAUUUUGUACGGAAGACAUCCAACAUAUUUACAUACAUA